AUGGAAGAGUUUGGUUGGGGCAUUGGUUCGAUAGUGGCGAUGUUGGUGGUGGCCGCGGUGGUUUUCUUUUUCCCAUUGGUGAUGGGUCCAUUGCAUCCGCCUUCUGCUUCUGUACUCCUUAUCUUCCCCGUCGUGUUGGUCGCGGUUUUCAUUUUCCUUCGUCAAGCCUCUAAGUGA